AUGAAGUCGUCAACCAAAAUCAUCAUAAAGGCCCGGCCCGCUGCGCCAGAGACACCAGUAGCGUCGUCUUCGAAACCCCGGAUUGUAAUUCCUGCAAUGGGCGCGUCAUCGAGGGACAGGGAAUCGAGCAAGUCUACACCAGAGACUGAAAUUCCAGACGAAGACGCCGACGAGGGUGUAGAGGGAGAUAAUGAAGAUGAGGAGCAAGGAGACGGAGAUGAUGAUGCCGAGGUAAAGGAUGGGGAGGACGAACAAAUGGAGGUUGACACCCCCGUUGUGCGCAGACCAAGAGGUCGGCCAAGAGGUCGUGGACGCGGUGCUUCGACCGGUACGCCGAGGGCUCGGGGAAGAGGCAGAGGCAGGGGACGGGGCCGUCCUCGUGGUCGUCCCUCGGCGCUUACUAUUAGACUACCUAAACGGCAAGAUGAAGAUGGAGACGCUUCCGGAGUCGACUCCGAGGUUCUUCAGGACGACGCCAUCGACAGCAAUGUCGAUGCGGAUGACGCGAAAGUCGCGCCUAUGGGGGGUGGGAAGCCGUUCAGGAAAAUUGGGGACAAGGUGUAUAUCAUUGAAGGAGACGAGUUCGUCACGGAGGACGAUCCAGUCGGCGACACGAAGAUCGACAAGAACGGGAGACUACUCGGUGGCCGACAAUUCAAAGGGAGUACAUUUGUGCUUCCAAAUCGCCAUCCAGAGCGAUUGUACAUGCUCGCUAUUGAUGCGGCACGAACAUCUGGUUUCCGAGAUUCAUUAUAUUACUUUCGUCGCAACCUUCUGGCCUUCAAACUCAAUGCAACCCAACCGGAGAAGGAGUACCUCAUCAAGGAAGGUAAACUCGGGUCACAUCUCAAGACGCGUAGUGUCACUCUGAUAACUGCGCGAAGCGCCUUCAAACUGCAUGGGUCGAAGAUGAUUCUCGAUGGCAAGUGGGUGGUUGAUGAUUACUACGAGAGCAAGGCAUUGGAAGACGCUGCUGCGCGGGGUGCUAAAGCCGGUGAUCCCGUUGGAGACUUGACGGACCCACAAGGAAACACGGAAAGUAAUAAUGCUGCUGCAAAGGCGGCAGCCAAAGCAGAUCGCGACAGAGGGGGAGGCGGUGGUAUGGGCAUCUACCGCGCGGGUGGACCGACAACAAUAUUUGGCGGUAACGGCCUUGGCCCAUACAGCGAUGGGCCGUUGAAUGCUGUUCGGAAGUCGAUGUAUAAUAGGGACGGUGUCACGGAGGAGAACUGGAUGUGGAUGAUGGCCGGGCGCGUACUGGAAGCUGAUGAUGAGCUGAGGAAAGUCAGGGAGUCGGCAUUGAGGCUUGUGGGUGCGGAUGGUGUUCUUGCGGAAGACCCUGGAGAAGUUGAGGAUGGGGCUAUGGACGAGGAUGUCCCCAAGACAAAGCGUAGAAAGGUAGUUGGUGUAGACGCCCACCCCAAAGGCGCGUACGAACCACACACCAACAAUGUCCUUUACCGCGUUGAUACGCAGCCGACACGGUCACGUUGGGAAGCUAUGCCGGAGUCCACAGACAAGCCUCGUGUUCUUGGUGGUUCGAAGAUGGGUAACGCGGCUUGGGCAAUCGCAUAUGUCGACACCGUGAUGGAACCCAGAAGGCCUAGCGAAGACGGGGAGAGGCAGGCGAGAGAAUCUCUCAUGAAUUCGAUACAAGAGACAUAG